AUGUCACAGGCUCACCACACGAAAGAUGGGAACGAAGCCAGCCAUGAUUUAACAAAGCGCUUACAGGCCCUAGAGGUCGUUGUUCAACAAUCUUCCAAAGUACUUCAGGCUCUCGAGAAGCUUCCACUGGGGACACAUCGAGCAGUCUCAGAGGAACUUCGAGAACUUAUCGAAAAGGCAAAAAAAGCUACAGAGGGAAUGCGAGCAACUUUGGAACAGCAGAAGUCCCUCGAGAACAGACGACAACGUAACUCUGAUCAGGGGCACGAAAUAUCCGACGAAUAUCGGAAAGAAAUGCAGUUCUAUGCAUCCGGAUUGGAGGUUUUCAGUUCACUUGAAUACUCUGAGAGGAAUCGACGUCUCGCCAAUUAUCAUGUUGUUCAUGAAGGUGAUAUCAAGAAAGAUGAAGAAGCCAUAUGUUAUCUGGCGCAACAUGAAACACACAGGUCAGAGAAAGCAAGUGAAGGUUUCAAACUACUAUAUGAUAUUUCAAUAAGCGAGUACGACAACUUCCAGAUUGCAACUGCACCUCAUGAAGUUAUCAACGCCUUGAACAAGAAGAGUGAUAUGAAUCAUUUUCAUUACUCUGUCACACAGCGCAAGCCGCAGUUGAAAAAUUAUGUCAUCAGCAUCUGCGACUCAAUCAUCAAUCGGUGGAAGACAUACAUUUCAUCGUCUACUAAAGAUGGCCUUAUGGCUGAAAAUAUGCACAACCAAAAUCGAAACCAGAAUCGAUGUCUUGAAACGGAGAUUAACGAGAUGUUCUAG